UUAUUUAUUUACUUUUACACCAUCAGCUGUUUAUUUGAAAUCGUUUGUGCGUUCGUCGGGUAUCCAACAUAAACGGAAUGCCGUUUAUUUCCAAAGAUUGGCGAUCGCCCGGUGAGACUUGGGUGAAAACCCAGGAAGGCUGGGAGAAAAAGAAGGUGCUGGAAAACUGCAAAACCUAUACGAAAAUUUCAAGAGGCGAUAGCUCUGAGGAGGAAAACGAUCCGGACACUGCCAUUCAACCUCACUGUCACAUUACAAUAAAAUGUACAAAAGAAAUAGCCGGUUUUAACGAAUUAGACGAGGCCGUGAAGAGGCUGGACUUCAGGAGCGCCGUCCGAGACGUCCGCAGGUUCAAUUACAUAUGCGCCCUGCUGGAGCUCCUGAUCGGCCAGCAGAUGACCGCCCUGUCGGGGUGCUCCCAGAAGGCGCUGCUCGCCAUGCUGGAGGAGGUAGCUAGUCACGCGACAACCAGCCAGUACAAUCCGAGAGGUUUCCGGCGGCUGUUGGGCAACUUGCGGGCGCUGCGAUCGGCCGAGCGCGACGCCUGCUGGGGCGGCCCGUUGGGAUCGCAGUUCCUGUGGCACCAGCACGCCACCAAAAUCGAGAGGAUCCUCAACAUGGCGGCGGAGAUGCAGAUCUGCGAGCCGAGCCCCGACACCCGCCCGAAGUUGCUGCAGCUGCCCGAGGAGUGCAUCAGGGAGAUCAUCCUGCGGCUGUCCGACCACCGGGACCUGACGGCCAGCGCCGAGUCCUGCGAGCAAAUGGCCGCCAUCGUCAGCGAACAGCGGAUUUGGAAGGAGCUGGUCAAGUUCCACUUCAACCAGCAGCAGGUCGAGCUAGUUUUGUCCAAAGAUAAUCACACAAUCGAUUGGAAGGAGGUCUAUCAUUCUCUCAAGAAAACUUUCGGUAUAAACGAAGAGAGGCAAUACGCGGAAAUGCUAUCGUUGUGCAGAUACUGCCGGUGCCUGUUCUGGAGAUCGUUGGGACACCCGUGCAUCGCCGAUCAGUGUCCUGAGUUUAGGGCUCGCAUCCAGGAAGCGGGGGGCGCCAGCGCCCCGUGUCCCGUCCCUCCUUCGGCCUUCCUGAAAUUCUUCUCGUUGUAGUCGCCUUUCGGCUCGUUUCGGUUCAAAACGUAAGGAACAAAUUUAAUAUCCUUCGAUAGUCGUAAGAGGAUCGCUGCCGCGUGGUAUUAUCGGUCUGCGAUACAACAUUUAAUCGCGAAUGCUCUUAUUGUCAAUUUCUAUUAGUCGGUCCUUGAGAGCUAGUCCGAAUCGAGGUGGUUUUAUUGUAUUCCUACGACAGCUACAUAGCAUUAUCCUAUACGCGUUUAUUCUCUUGGAAACGAGCUAAUAGGAAUUCGAUAUGGGAGUUAUUCUCUUAUGAAAACUAAUUCUCGAUCAAUCGGUUUGGUUGGGUGUUUUUUGAAAUUCAAAUCGAAGUAACUGAUAAAGCGAAGGGCUUGAAUCAAUGUUUGUUUUAUUUAGAUGUUUAAGAAUUAAUUUUAAGUUAGAAUUAAAGUGAAUAUCUACUAUCUGUCGUGCGGUUUCAAAGUAACCUCGCAGUUCGGGCGUAUGGUCUCUAGUUUUUUUAAUAGUCUCGUCAACUCUAGUAAUAUUACUAUGAUUUUGGGAAACGCCUCAUAGAAGCAUGAAUUGAUCAACUUACGAACAAUAGUACCUUUCGGGGUAUCGUAGUUGAAUUAUUUUACUUUAAACUGCUAAAUUUGUUGGAAAAAACUAACAAAUUUAAAAUUGGCUGCUAUUUCCUCUAGUUUGAGUCCUGUGAUUUGAUUAAAUAGGCUGUGUUUUUUUAUCAAAAUUCAAAAUGAUAUUAGACAGAUAGUAGUUGCGUGUGUAUCGUAUUUAAACUAUUUAUCCAAAAAAAUAUUUUCUCUAUAUUCAUUAACCCUAAUCAAAUAGGGUGUUGUAUACAUUUUAUUGUUGACACAUAUAGUCGUCUGGUUGACAAAAUUCAAAAAGAUUGUUGUUCCUUGACUGAUUUUCUAUGAUUAUUUUUACGUGUUUUUUUUUUGUAAUCUAGUGUUAAGUUUAAUAGCUUUGUUAUUCACUCAAGUAACGUAGUGUUUAGUCGUUGAUAAAACUAAUAUCGAGGGUUAGUUUCGUAGUAACUUACAUACUGACGAUAUCGAAAGCUUUAGUUAACAAUAAUCGAGUCACUAGAUAUCUAAUAGAGUAAGGAUUCAGAAGAUUUAUCAGUGAAUUUCAGAAUAUGCCCCUUGUUGUGCUUCUUGUGCAUUGUGAUAUAUUUAACUAAUUAUUUUGAAAUUAUUUACUAUUGUGUGUAAUAGAUGCUAUAUUUAUCAUAGUUACUUUAUCACACUCUGAAUUGUGGUUAAAAAAUUAAAAUUAUUUUUACUUAACAGGUAUAUUAUUUUCCUACACUACUCUUAGAGGUAUUGUAAAACAAUGUUUUGAGGGAUUGAUAACCUUUAUUCAUAUAAUUUGGGACAAAUCGUUUAUACUAAAUCUGACCCUAUCGACUCUACAAUAUCACAUAUAUUUAUCAAAUAUACAGAAAUAUAUCUUGGAAUGCACAAUAAUGCACAUGUAUAUUGUCUACAGAUACUUGUGCACGUCUUCCUAAAUUCUCGUAACAGUCAAACCACAAUUGGAUACAAAAAUAAUAUCAUGUUUUUCAACAGAAAACGACAAACGCAAUCACUGUAAGCAAAUCUUUCAGAAACAAUAACAGUUUCUGCUCGAAGAAAAGCGACAAAAGCAGUACGAUAUUAAUUCACUUAACAAGAAACUUCCACACCAAUAAUUAUAGGAGAGAGUGGAGUAUGUCAUAAGAAAUAAUUUAUGCUACAAGUUCGUCAUGACCAAAGCAAUACUGUUUAAAAAAAUACUGAGUCAAAUGUUAAAUUUUGAUGUUAGGUUCGUUCCAAUAAGGCUAUUGAACUGGUUCUGAACUUUAGUGGUUUAACACCCAGUUUAAUUUAGAACAAUUCGAACCGGUGUCGGUAACAAUCUCUUAAAAAGUGAAAAACACCAAAAGUUGAUCUGUAUAAAAAUCAGUAAGUAUUUUACUGUAAGCUAAAGAUGACAUAAAUGUAAUGAAUAUUUUGUAUUACAUCAUCAUCGUUAACCCAACGUAUAAAUACUACGAGGUAAAAGUAACGAAUUGUCUUCAGUGCUGUUCGUUUGUCGAUUAUUUUACACCUGCACAAGCUUUCCUACAUUGUUUUACGAACAAAUUUUCAGGCAACAAAUAUUGUUCUAGUAAGUAUAUUGCUCUGUAUGAAAUAAUACUUUCGCAAAGUUAAAACCAACAGUCGACUGUUCGCCAAUCGGUUAAUUAAGUAUAUGAUUUAUGGCACCAUUUUACUUAUUUCCAUUCGAAACAGAGCGAAUUGAUUAACAGUCGACUUGAUAAAAUGAACACUAAGUAUUCCACUAAAUUCUAAAUUAAUAAAACUAUAAAAAGUCUAAUAAAAAUUAUUUAACAAAAUAAAAGUAAUAAAAGUAGAGAAUUAUUAAAAAAAUUAAAAUAUGUACAUAAGAAUAGUUAUUUACGUAUAUAAGUAGUAGAUAAUUAACAAAAUAUUUAAAAAAUCAACAAUAAAAAAAUGUGGUCACAAACAACAAAUUCACGUGUAUAUAAUAAUAAAUUAAUAAAAUUGAAAACGAUACUAAGAAAAAUACAAUUAGCGAUGCAAGGCAUUGUUAAACAAUGACAAUAAAUGUUCAUUUUCCAGCAAUGCUUUUAUAAGUAUAUAUUUUUAAAAAUAGUGAAUAUUUUACUAAGAUUUUUGGUAUUAUAAUUUUAAUUUAAUACAUCGAAUUAGAUGCUUCAAAUUUCAGGUAUUUCUUUUCACGCCACUUCACUAAACUAAAUACGAAUACAAAGUUGGAGGGAAAAUAUAUAUGACUAUCCGAAAGAAAAAAAAAUGUCUUUAUAAACAUUAAACUUUUCUAUAAAACUACUUGUCAUUUGUCGCAGUAGAUAUAUCACCUUGGCAUACAAUCCUUCGAAUUAGAUCAGCGCAAAUCCCAAACUUGCAUCAGUUAUAUGGAAUGUGAGAAACCAAUCUUACUCAUUUAAUGUUACAUAGAAAGUAAGAUAAUAUUUAAUUCUUAUUUACCUCGCAAGUUUAAAGAUACGCCAGAUUAAUAGUCGAACUUAAUACAGGGUGUUCUCGAACUUAUG